GUCGCGACUGUUUUGACAAAUGGCUGACGUCGGACAAUAAUCCAGUGUUUUUCCAAUUCGAAAAACAAUAGGGCGCGUGUGAUGUGACAUUCUUCGGCACCGCGACGCCAACAAUGACGCUGAUCCCCGACCAGAACGGCCUGAAGCGCACCUUCACGCUGCCCCGCAACCCGUUACGGAUGUCCAAACGCAAACCGAAAAAAGAACCUUCAGAAGAUACGGAUGAGAAGAACAAACGCGUCUUCCGUCGUCCUUCGAUAAGGAAAAUCAUCAGCAAGAUCACCCAGCACAUUACGGUACCAGGCUUCAAUCAGAACCUGGACAAUCGCGUUCCUCCAGUUGGACUACAAACGUGGGCCCCGGACGAAACGCCAGGCGUUACGGGGUUGAAGAACCAGGGUAACACUUGUUUCAUAAACGCAGUGGUGCAGUGCAUUUCGCAUACGGACGUUCUGGCCGAGUAUUUCGUGUUGGACAGGUACAAAGUCGAUCUGUCCCGCAGGAACAAGUUGAAUUCGAAAAAGUUCGGAACGAAAGGAGAAGUUACUGAACAAUUGGCGCAACUAUUGAAGGCCUUAUGGUCUUGUCAAUAUACUCCAGAACUGAGCUGUUCCUUCAAACAGGCCGUGGAAAGACACGGUUCCCAGUAUAAGGGUACUCAGCAGCACGACGCUUUGGAGUUUUUGCAGUGGCUUUUGGACAAAGUGCACGAGGAUUUGAAUACCGCUUCGAAAAAGAAGUACAAAAGUAUUAAGACCUCGGGACGUCCUGACGAGGUGAUAGCUGCGGAAACGUUGGAGAAUUACAAACGGUGCAACAACUCGUUCAUCCAGGGCAUAUUCCAGGCGCAGUACCGAUCGUCCCUCAGUUGUUCCAGAUGUCGGACGCAAUCGAACACCUUCGAUCCGUUUCAGUGCAUCUCCGUUCAGCUGCCCCAGUUCCACAAACAAUCCAUUUACGUCACGGUUUUGUACACGUCGCAGCAGCCGCGUCAGGUUCAAAUCGGGUUGAGCGUCGCGUCGGGCGCCACCGUGUCCGAAUUAAGGGACAUCCUGCAAUCGGACACGUCGAUAGAUCGUGCCAAUAUGCUGUUGACGGAGAUCGGCGAUCAGGGUUUUUUGCGCACCUUCACCGACGCCCAAUCGGUCGGUAUAAUCAGCGAAAUCGAUCCCGUUUACUGCGUGGAAGUCGCCCAGCUCAAGGACAUGGAAGAGGAGGAUGCGACGAGUGCUUAUGUGCUCUUGUGUUGGAUUAACGUUGCGGUCGGGGAAAAAGACUCGCAACGAUUUGGGAGCCCUUAUACGAUGCAAGUGUCCCGUGUAACUUCGUACGACGACCUACAAAAACUCAUACUAAAAGAAAUGGCGCCGAUUCUGCACGACGACAUCCUCACCUCUUCUCAACCGCGGGGCAUUUUCAAAAUGCGGAUAUCGGAUCCAGCAUGCAACGACAACGAACCGCCCUGUUACUUGGACGCCGACUUGGAGCAUCCCUUGUUUAUGGAGGCGGUGGACCAAGCGCUCGCCUUGUGUAGCGAGGAAGGAGGCCCGGCCCAUGUCAAGCUCGUGCUCGAAUGGAUGGAACAACACAAGCGAGAAAUCAUCGCUGACGAUCAGGAUCUCAUCGAAGAACACUCGAGUGUGAAGAUGUUGCGGGCGCAGGCUUUGCAAGGCGGAGCUCCCUUAACGUUAGAGGAAUGUCUCAGGGACUACACAGAAGCGGAAACGCUGACGGACGCGUGGCGAUGUCCACACUGUCAGCAGUAUCAGCCGGUGGUGAAAACGUUGGACGUUUGGUCAUUACCCGACAUUCUUAUUGUUCAUUUUAAGCGGUUCAGGCAACAGACGUUACGCGGCUGUAACAGUACCAAACUGACGUCGAUGGUGGACUUUCCCGUUCACGGUUUGGACAUGUCUCCGCAUCUGGCGAACAAACGUAACCUAAACCAAAACCAACAAGCGGAAGACGCUAAUCCGAUUAUAAUCAACAACCAUUCGGGUACGGGGACGUGGUCGCCGUGGAAACGCGCCCGCAAACAAUCCUCCGCUGACGACAACACGUAUGAUCUGUACGCAGUUUGUUACCACCAUGGAACUGAUCUUGAGACGGGUCACUAUACAGCUGCGUGCCGGAACACCUUCGACAACAAAUGGUAUCUGUACGACGACGCCAAAGUGGAGUGUUUGAACGGGGACGGAGCAGAUGUAAGUGCUGAAUUGGUGAACAACAGUGCCUAUAUUUUGUUCUACCAGAAGAGAAGCGGAGUCUAUGUGGGCGGUAGUACGAGCAGUGCGGCCAGUACCAGUUCGGUUGGUAGUUUGGACCAUUGGGUGGGACGGAUGCCUAAAUUUGUGCCGCCCAAAACCGUCAAACCUUCAGAUAGAAAACCCGUCAAUACGAGCGAUAAUCAUCAAACGAAAGAAUCAACAAAACCGUCCGAAACUGAAGUGGAACUUCGACACUCGCGCAAGUCAUUAAAUGAUGAGAAAACUGCGUCGACGCAAACUAUAGAUCCCCAAGACAAUUCUCUAGACUCCAAUCCUGAAAACAACAAAGAAGAAGCCUCUACACAGGAAAGCAUUACAAAAUCCUCCUCGAAGCCCAUUUACACGACCAGCAUAUACAUAAAUGCCCGUAGUCCGGUUUUGAGUAUGCACCGAAUUGAUGGAAUGGGCGAAGAUGGUGAGAACGUUGAAGUGCGUACGAAUGGCGAUAAAGAGACGUAUACGACUACGGCGUCUGUACACAGACAUUCCGAUAUGAGUCCGAGAAUCAAUGGCAGGGUCUCCCAGACGCAGCUCAAUUGGAUGUCUCCGCAACCAGUGAGAAAACUGAACACAUCUCAACAGUCAGUGUAGUAUUGUAAAUAACUGAAAGUUUUCUUUUCUUAAAACUACCAUGUAUAUAAUUUAUUAGGCACAUUCAUUAGUUUCGUUUGUUCUUAGAGAGAAAUCAAACGUUUUGUUAUCGAUUCCCGUUCUUAACUAAUGUAUUUAUGUAUAUAAUACAGUAAAACGCAAUGUUCAGUUGAA